UAAGAAGUCACAAAUCGUCCACUUUAGAAUCGCACGCGCCACCGCACGAGAAGCCCCGCCAAAUCCCGCAACACCUGAAAAAAACAACUAAAGCAACAGCACGCCACCACUAGUAUCUCCGUCAAAUCUCGUUAAAUUAGACUCGUAAUUAACAUCAUUUUCACACAAUUGACCUUAAUUAGCGCUUAAUUAAAUAAUAAACCUCACCAAAUCCAAAACCACGUGCUUCCUUUUUGUUUCCAUUCACUCCCAAACCCUAAAAAUCACCGAUCGCAACAAAUGGCUUUAAUCAGCGAUGCAUUACGGCAAGCCUUCAUGCCGAAACACGAAUACGAAUGUCUUCGUGAAGAAGACAAAGCAUGGACGAAAUUACAGCGACCGUUAUUGAUUUCUACAGUGGGAAUUAUAUGCCUAGUGAUAUUUGUUUCGACGACAGUGAGUUUUAAAAUUGUGUUUCCUGGCGAUAGUGGGAAGAGACCUUUUUGUAGCGGUAACAGAUUACAGCCAUUGCCGAUAAAACAUGGUGGGAAUUCAGAUUUGUUUCCUGGAGCGUUUUAUUUGACGGAUCAGGAGACUGUUGAUUACUAUUGGAUGGUUGUUUUUGUUCCCUCCGGCAUUGUUUUCUUGGCUUCGCUUGCCUAUCUUGUUGCAGGGAUGAAUGUUGCUUAUUCUGCUCCAGCAAGACAUGGAUGCUUGAAGGUGGUUGAAAAUAAUUACUGUGCUUCAAAAAGGGGUGGGGUGCGUUGUCUAUCCAUUUUGAAUGGUGUCUUUGCCAUUAUCUUUGGUCUCCUUGCGCUGUUUCUUGGUUCAAGCCUCCUGACACUAGGGAGUAGUUGUUCAUUGCCUUUGUUUUGGUGCUAUGAGUUUGCGACAUGGGGGCUAGUCAUUUUGUAUGCGGGAACCGCCAUCUUUUUAAGAAGGAAAGCUGCUCUAAUUCUUGAUGAGAGUGAUUUUGGUAGUCGAAACUUGGGCCUGGAAAUGUUGGAAACCAACACCUUGGUGGUCACUCCAGACGUGGAAAGGCGUGUUAAUGAAGGUUUUAAGGCUUGGAUGGGUUCGUCCCUCUUAUCUUCUGAUGAAGAAGAUGAACCUGACAGUUACUCAGAAUCACCUCACAUCACUCGCACUUCAUCUAACAGACAAAGAGUAUGAUCUUGAAGCCAAGUGGCGUUGGUGAGUUUUUUGCAGGGUUUUCUCAAGUACAGCAUCAAGAAUGUCUGGAUCUUCUCAUGUUGACUGAUUUUCUAUCAGAAGUUUAGUUGCGGAUACUGUGACGAGAUGAAUGGUGAGCGUGACAGUUUUGAAGAUGACGUCCAUGUGACUACUCGUUGCCCUUGGCCUUUUAGGUAGUCAUCGUAGAUUGUAGGCUGUAAAUAAUUCAACGGCGAUUUCUCUUCUUAUGUUGUGCGCCACAGUCAUGGAAAAGCAAGCAUUUACAUUCCCCUAAUUUUAAUGAUUUGAUUAAGGCCAUGUUUGGUGGUAUUGCAGCA